AUGAGUGAAGGCGUGCAGAUUACUAUUCCAGACUUUGAUGACGAUGAUAACUUCAACUCGACCCCCGUCUUCGGCCGGACAAACGCAGGAGGCUUCUGGGGAGCUGCGCAGUCUGGUUUCGACUCACCAACGACCUCGACCCCAGUCAUAGACCGCGAUGACCGUGGGUUUUUUCACGCUAGGGGCGACUCCGUCGCCUCUGAAGAUUCUUCACACUCUGUACAUACGUCAACACGAAAGUUCAAGGCUCCAUUCGCGCACUCUGCGCAGUCCUCAGUCGCGACUACCAACAGCUCCCCGUUCACGAAGAAGCCAUCUUUUGCAUCUCUGCGUAAUGCGUUCAAGAGCGCGAAGUCUUCCGACGUUGCACCGCCCUUGCCCACAAUCAACCAUGAAGCAUACCCUGUGCUGAAGAACCCUUUCAACCGCUCUACCUCGUCUCUUGCACAUCAUGCACACGGGCGACCUUCCAUACACACCAGUCCAUCCCAGAUGAGGCCCGCUACUCCUGCCUCGAGCGACAUGAGGUCUCGUAGCAAGUCCAAGAGCCAUACGCCGGCAAAGUCUCAGCACUCGCACUCCGGGUCUAUCUUCCACAGCUCCGAUGCAGGCAGCGACUUUGGUGGCGGCGCAUCCUACAUGCCAUCCUUCUCUCCACCUCCUGUUCCGCGCGUGCCCUCGGCCCUUGGAGCCAUGUCAAGUCGAGAAGACCUCGACCUGGACGACAAAAUUGUGGUUGAAGCGCGGACACCUUCGGACUUUGCUCUACACGCCAUCUUCAUACGCUUUGCCGCGCGUGCGGAGGAUCUAGUGGAGCAGUUUGUAUCUCAGCCACUCGACCGCGACCCUCAUUUAGAGAACUUCAUGGGCUCGGGUGUGGACCUUAAGUUUGAUGAAUUGUUGCGAUCGCUUGGCAAAGUCGCCCAGAAACAUGCAAAACCUGUCGUUGAUUCUCUCUUGCGCUGGCGGAAGAGUCAGAAGGACGGCAGUUAUUCAGACCUGCAGCAUAUCUAUUCAAGAAACACGAAGGUCGGGCGUAUAAACGACGUGAGCUCGGUCAUCCACGAACGCAGACUGCAGGCGUCGAUAUACAUCACAUGUCGUGCACUCGUUACGGCUACACAAUCAUUUUCAAGAGACUCGUUGAGCGACACACUCGGUAACCAGCUGGAGGAGCUAACCUUCGCGCAGUUCCGGAACCCUGAUGUGAAAAUGCUGAUGCUGUCGCCUAACCACCGAGCGAACUCGGACCUGUAUGCAAUAGUACUGGGCAAUCUUGCUCUUCACAGGUUCGAAAGCGUCACCGACAGAUUCCGCGUUGAACUCGGUCCCGUGGCGGCUGGCCAGGUUCCUAAAGAUCUGGAUUCCAAGUACGAAUACCUCGUCAAGGGUCUGCAGCACGUCCAGAUUAAGGUUUAUCCUCCGGAAGCCUUCGAAGAGGGUGCAGAGUUCCUGGACUCGCUAUCGAAAUCUUUCGAGCAUGCUCAUGGCAGCAGGCUGAAAAGGGCCUUUGCUGAAGUCCUCGUUCAAAUGCUAUACGAUAUUGCCAAGACGGCCCAGGCCGAAGUUAAUCAUCCGCAGUGGGCGAAAGCGAUAGAGAUCAUUUAUCCAAAAGCGAGAGACAUGGCGAACAAGCCUCGAUACUGGGAUGUCGCUUACCCUCUAGCUGUUAUCAGUCUUUGCGUCGCACCUCGCGAGUAUUUUCUUCGUCACUGGCAAGGCUUCGUAGAUGCUAGCCUCAACAAGUUGAAGGCGAGUGCUGAGAAGCCCGUUCGGAUACCCAUAAUGAACGGCGUGCUGCGCUUAUGCUGGACAUAUCUGUACCGCUGCCAUGAGCCCGCUUCAACGAUCCAGAUGAAGAUAGAUCCGCUACUGGAACAUUUCUUUCCACCCAAACGCCUGACGGUUCUGCCACAGGAUGACCGGCACGAGCUCCUCGUGUACCUCAUCCAUUUUAUCCUCGGCCGUAGCUUUGAUUAUGGUAGCGAAAAAUGCCUCGAGCUCCUGCAGGAAAGAGCCAUCAGCAGCUCACAGUCCUCGAACGUGACCAGCUACCUUGCUCCGGAUCGAAUGUCCAUUGCGCUUCAAGCUAUCUUGUUAUCUGUUCGUUUGUUCGACGGAGACGACCCGAUACCGUCAUGGCCUUCAAGCCCAGAUUUCAUGGUCAUUCCUGAUUCUCUCGAUUACCCGUCAUCCUCAAACAUAAUUCCUCCUGGGUUCCUGAAGCCCAAUUGGACCGACUUCCUGGAUAGGGUCAGCGCAGUCGUUUGUGCUGUCGCUGCUUCCUGCUAUCAGUACGUCGGCAAGAUGUCUAUGUUAGAUGACCAGUGGUCUGCCGUGCGAUUGAAUCCAUCAUACGAAGAAACGCACAACUACAUCAUACGGCGACACGACGAGGGCUCCAUGGCAUAUCCUGUUCACUUCGUAUCUCAGAUCAACGUUCUCGUACUCUGCUACCGGUCCUGGCCACGGUGUCUACACUCCUCAUUAUCCCUGGAUAGCGCACUGGAAAUGCUCAUUCGUGGCGUUAUCCAUGUCGAGCCUGCCGUCUGCGACACGGCCUUCUUAGCUUUGGAGCGGUUCACGGCGGACUUCAAGUACAACUGCGCCCUGCUUUCGCAACUCAUGACCAUGCUCUUUGACCCUCGAAGCGUCGCCUCCGACGGCUCUGUGCUUCGUCUCAUGACGGAGUCGUCGAGAAUGACGAAGCUUUGGGGUCGUGCUGUACAGAAAUGGGCGGACCACAUCAAGGAACGGACACGAGAUUCCUUUGCCGAAGCGGAGAUGGAGCUAAUCGCCUUGAAUAUAGCCGAACUCGAAGCGGCUGCGCUAUUCAUGCUCAGCCAUGUGAACUGGGCUGUCUGCAACGCAGGCACGAAAACGAUCCGCCUCAUUGAAGCAGUGCGCAAGCACGUACCGAAUGUUGCUGCUGACGAGUCCUCUGCACCCGCAUCCGUCCUGUUGGGUUCGCUGCCCAAGUCACUCCUGGAUGGCAACGAUGACCUACUCGACGAUGCAGAACUCGCUCGUUUACGUAAAUGGCGGGAUUCAGAGAGGGAGCAUGUGUUCCUAAACAUGGCGGAGAGGGAUGACAAGGAGGACCGCGCGCUCUGGUGGAAGCACACGUACCCAUCGGUCAUCCAGACUUUGUCCGACCAACGGUCCGAUGCCAUCGCGGCUCUCAGAGAGAAAUUAAUUUCUGCGGUGUUGCGGUAUCAUCCUUUUAUCGCCCAAGUGUCUGGUGUCACUGGUCGAGCUCCGGGAGUCCCACGUUCGGCUUCAAUCGGCAACCGCGAGACAUCCAAAGUUUUCAUGGACAACAAGUUCGCGGUGCAGCAAUGGUACAUCUGGACCCGACUUCUGUGCAUCACUGCACCAGUCUCCGACUCUCGCGGCGCUUCUAGCCCAUCGUCUCGUAGCCACACGCGCGUGCGCUCAGAAUCCAACGUGGAGCGCGAGAGCCUCACCACGUCCAGGGACUUGUUCAAGUACCUCGCCCCUUUCCUUGACUCAGACAUCUCGCUAUUUCAGCAAGCUGCGGUAGCGGGCAUCAGCUCCCUUCCUGCGUAUGGCUAUUCCCAGCUACUUGAGGACCUCAGUACCCUUGCGUCUCGCCAAUUAUAUGACGAUGUUCGGUCAAAAGGCUCCAUACCGAACUUGGGGCGCAUUCGCAGACCAGAGCGCCUCUACACUGCAGUGGCGCGGAUCUACUUCCUUACAGCGCAGAACAUGCAGAAGCAGCGGUCGUCUGGGAAGCAGACUGCCUUGACGCACAUCAUCAAGUACAUUCGCAAUAUGCAGACCUUCCUUUCGUCGUACGAGAAUCGCGAUGUAUACUCCUUGCAGCGACUCCGCCGAUAUUUCUGCGGCGUCGUGGAGCGCUUCUUCGAUGGUCUGGCGGUGCUAGCAGACACCGACAGGUUCGUGCCGUCUGGCAUGUAUCCCUCUCUAUACCGCUUGUGCGAGGAAUGGUGCCAGCUAGGAAAGCAAUCGGACGACGUGAAGCAGCGCCUCAUAUUCAUGCAGACGGCCGCGUCGAGAUCGAUAACGAACCCCGCGGAACAAGCUGAUUGGAUCCAGAAGUUUCAAAUUGAAACCAAGAGCCUGUCAAAUGCAGCAGCCGGCGCGAUGGCAUCGUUGAUUCCAAAAGCAUAUUUCACUCCUGAAGUGUCAGCUUCCGGUUCACCAACCGAGAAGGCAACCUUGGAGCAGAGUAAGCCCCUCGAGGCCGCUCAGAUCUUAGACCGGCUGGUAGCAUUCCUCGCUUCCUUCAUGGAUCCUGUCCGAGAUCACGGAAAGAGAGGCCUGAAAUCUUUGCUGGCCAAUAAGCGCUACGACGUGGUCUUCGCGGAUGAGGUCAUGCGUCGAGCUUUCGUCGUCACUCGGGAGUCCAAUACAAGUAACGCGCUCUUCUUCGAGGCGGUAGCGGACGUCAUUCGCACCGGCGAACACGGUUUCUCACCCAGUCAAAUCGUCUGCUUGGGUCUCUCGAAUCUCUCCCAUCCUGACCAAACGGUCCGACGCCGAGCAUAUGAUAUGCUGGAAGUUAUUCACGAGCAAUAUGACCGUCUUAGAUCUAUCGCUCACUACGAACCAUUUGUGGCAAGCCAUGCGCCUAGUGCAUACCUGGAAGCUCAUCGCGCAAUUUCGGACGCCCUCUCCCAGUCGCACUCCUACCAGGCUGUGAACGUCAUGCAGCAAUUCUCACUCUGGAUCCCUCGGAUAUACGACGCUCUUGAAGACGUUGGGCGAACGCUCAUACUUCUCCAAAGUCUGGAGUAUUGGGUGCCAUACAUCGAGCUCAUGAUACCGGACAGAUCAGAGUUAACGCGAGACGGAAGCGUGGCGAUGUACAACCUCAUAUCGUUAACAGCUCGCUACGCUCAAAAAUAUCCCGGACAAAUUACCGCUCUCUGGUCACGCUUAGUCGAAGCGCGGGAUCAUUGGAACUGCCAUGCUGUCAUUCGCUUCCUCCUGGAACAAUCGCAGAAAGUAGGCAGUACCGCGUUCGUGAGCUGUGCGGCGAAGAUCGUCGCAUGCCUUUCCGCUAGCGAAGAGGGCGAUAUCGUCCUCCGGGGACUGUGCGACAUCAUUAUCCCGGCCGCGAUGUUGCCGGCCCUCGACCACAAGCUCGGUAUGCCUGAGGAAGAGGACGUGGAAUUGUGGUCAGACUUGGAUAUCCUCUUCCCAGACCAGCCUCGGAUUACUCUCGGUCUAGCGCAGUUCGCAUUGCUUUUCCUUUCGGAAGGUGCUAUGGCGUAUUGUGCGGAACUGCAGGACCGCUUGCCUGUCCUGUUGCAUAUCCUCCUAUUGCAUCUAGAUCACCGCCUCCAGUUUGUCCAGCAGUCGUGCCGCAAUAUGCUCUCAGAACUUCUCCGUUCUUGGAUCUCAAAGUACGACAAGCUACAUGAUCGCUCGGCUUAUGCCUCACGGGCCGAGCUACGCGCAGCCAUUACCAAGAUCGAAGACUGCAUCUCCGACUCCACGAUCUGGAAAACGGACGACCCAAAUUCAGAGGUACAGCGACUCUGUUCCCAACUACUCGAAAUUCUCGGGCCUCUCGUCCCUGAUCUGGAGGAUACGUGGGGUGCUGUUGCCCUCGACUGGGCAACGUCAUGUCAUUUUCGACCGAUUGCAUGCCAUUCACUCCAGCUGUACCGCAGUUUAUCGCCAACACCCUCCCAGAACAACUUAGACGCCCUGCUGGUCCGACUGUCUAACAUCGUUGCAGAUGAAGAUCCCGGCAUGCAUCCGUUCACCACCGAGCUCCUUGCGACUCUCACUACCAUGGCCUCUGCAGAAGACCUCAACAUCGUACUAGUUCCCCAGAUAUUCUGGUGUGCUGUCGCUUGCUUAUCGACGACAUCGGAGACAGAGUUCCAGCACGUGCUCGAGCUUUUGCAUGCUCUUCUGUCACGGCUUGACCUUGACGACCAAGGCACUACCGAAGCUCUCUUAUCAGAAAGACCACCUUCGUGGCACGAACCUGCCUCUUUGCAGGCGCCACUUCUCACAGGACUGCGUUCCUCGAAGACAUCACAGAGUACCUUCAAACUUCUGCAACGUCUAGCCAACGUUGCGGAUGGCUGCAUCAUCGACGCUUCCGAGGGUCGCCUUAGGGAUUUGUACACGGCUGUCUUGCCGUGGUGCUUGCACGCCAUGGCGAACGAUAUCUCGGACGAGGCAUUGCAGGACUUCGCUCUGGAUAUCGGCUAUCUAGCGGAGCAAGAAGAGCGUGGAAGCAUUACCAGGAUAAUGACUUCGUUCGCAAAGAACCGCUUCCGUACCAAAGAGGACUUCUUGCGAGAGUCGGUCGCGAGUCUGCGUGAACACUACGGGAUGGAUCACUGGAGCGAUGUCGUGACGCUCCUGGUUGGACUAGUCCUCAACAACGAGAAGUGGCUUCGCGUUCACACCCUGCAGAUCCUCAAGGUCUUGUUCCAGCAGCGGGAGACGAAGAGCUCGGUCGACGUUAUGGGGUCGGAACUGCUCAUGCCUCUGCUACGAUUACUCGAGACAGACCUUGCGCAGGAGGCAUUGGAGGUUUUGGAGGAACCGAUGCGGAUAUCUGGGGGUCCAGCGGCGAAACAUGUACUGCGCAUGAGCUUGCACAACCAUCUCACUGCCAACGUCAAAGAGGUCGAGUCGGUAGCAGAAAUCUUUGGCAUCGCAGAGGAGUCCGGGUGGUGCGUCCCGCGGUCGGCCGCCAGGCGCGAAUGCUGCAGAAUGAACGUUGGCGCAGUAUGCGAUCUACAUAAGGCUCCCUUGCGACCGUCGCAGAUUACCUUCCACGAAGAGGACAUGCUGGCACUUUCGGAGAUGCACCGCUUGGAGGAAGAUGACCUCGGCGAUCUUGUCCAGAACCUGCACGAGUUGAGCAGCUUUUUCCAAGACGACACUCACGGCCUUGUGGUACCCAAUAGACAACUGGAGGCGCGUGUGGCAGCCAUUUUGGCGAAGUCUACCGACUCGUCAGCUGAUGCCCCUGCCACUCCAUUCGGCGACGUCUUCGAUGUUAUCACGUCGGGUUCUUCAGAUCUAUCGGACGACGAUUAUCCUAGCGACGUGGAGUCGGACCUGUUUGAGUACGAUCUUGGGAACUAGAUUUUGUUACAUAUAAUCCCUCGUUCUUUUCCCCCAAUUCUCUUCUUUUGAUUGUUUUCUCGGACACACCAGAUAUAUUGUAUCAGUAGCUUCGUCACAACAUCUCACGCUCGAAUUCGUUUUGCUUUUGACCUCUGUUCUUCAAUAGUGAUUGUCUCGCUCGAGCAAGCUAUUCGGUUUAUUGUAGUAUACGCGCACGUCUCAACAAGUAGUAACAUCUCGGAAGCUCAGUGUACGUACAUGCGCCAAGUACUUAUCAGGCUUUAAGCCUAGGUAGGUGUUUGGUUGAUUGGGUUCAUGAUACAGUAAGGUAAAUUCACAACAACAUUUGAUCAACAAAGUAUUGUGAUAACUUCUGCCACUAGCGCAAAUGGCGGGGAGGGAGGCUAGCGAGCCCCUGUCCCUCGUGCAUCUGCGGUCAGGAGGGCGUACGCUGCUGACAAACCGUACCUAACACCCCUGAGCAGGUGAGCUU